UGAGCUGUGCUGCUGUUCAGUGUCUCGAUAGAGGAAGAACUGCAGGUUCUGUUGAGUGAUGUGAUAUCCGCCUUCCUCUCACAUACCAGAACAUACUCCCUAAACCCCCGCUUUAACCCUCCUCAGCAAUCAUCUUUUGUAAUGAAUGCAUUAUAAGCCCGACGUCCCGGCGGUUCAUGGUUGCCUCACUGUCAGUGUUAGUUUGGUCUGGAGAUUUCCUUUGAAUGGGUUGAACUCGAGAGACUUUCUCCUUUGAUUUGGGCACGUAACGAACGUCAUUAAAGGAGGUGCACAGACCCCUUUGUAUUAAAACUUUGUGCCUGUACAAUAAACAAAGGCAGCAGCACCCAAAAUGCCACUUGGAUUGGGACGCAGAAAGAAAGCGUCUCCGCUGGUGGAGAACGAGGAGGCCGAGCCGAUCCGGGCUGGACUGAACGUCCCAGGGUUGGAUGGCUUGGAUGGAGGCAGGGUCAGCCUGGGUGAAGGAGCUGCCCAUGAGGGCUUACCACCUCCACCCACCAGCUUGCGACCUCGCCUGAUCUUCCACACCCAGCUGGCUCACGGCAGCCCCACGGGUCGCAUUGAGGGCUUCAGCAAUGUACGUGAGCUCUAUGCCAAGAUAGGAGAGGCCUUUGGGAUUCUUCCAACAGAGGUGAUGUUUUGCACACUGAAUACUCACAAAGUGGAUAUGGACAAACUUUUGGGUGGCCAGAUCGGGCUGGAGGACUUUAUAUUCGCUCAUGUGAAGGGCCAGAGGAAAGAAGUGGACGUCUUUAAAGGAGAGGAUGCACUGGGGCUCACCAUCACUGAUAAUGGAGCUGGCUAUGCUUUCAUUAAGAGAAUAAGAGAAGGCAGUAUUAUUCAUCAGAUCCAGGUCAUCAAUGUGGGCGACAUGAUCGAGUCGAUCAACGGGCAGAUCCUCAUUGGCUGUCGCCAUUAUGAGGUUGCCAAGAUGCUGAAGGAACUGCCUAAAGGGAAAACCUUUGUCCUGAAGCUGGUGGAGCCUAUGAAGGCAUUUGACAUGAUCAGUCAGCGGUCAGGAAGCAGGUCGGGCUCUGCACAGUUAGGAACAGGCAGAGGAACCCUGCGCCUGAGAUCUAAAGGACCGGCCACCGUAGAGGAACUGCCGUCGGCAUUUGAAGAAAAAGCUAUUGAGAAAGUGGAUGAUCUGUUGGAGAGCUACAUGGGUAUUAGAGACAGUGAACUCGCUGCCACGAUGGUUGAGCUCGGCAAGGACAAGAAGAACCCGGAUGAGUUUGCUGAAGCUUUGGAUGAGAAUCUGGGCGAUUUCGCAUUUCCAGAUGAGUUUGUGUUUGAUGUGUGGGGUGCCAUAGGCGAUGCAAAGGUCGGUCGUGUGUAAUUCUAGAAAAGGCUAAAAUGGUAAUUCUAGAAAACAGUCCUUUAGGAACACUAUUUUAAUUUUGUUCUUUUUGGGAGCAAAUGCUGGGAUGAUUUUAAGAACGCUGGAAACACUUGUAUGUAGGCCUCUAACUCCACUUUUUUUUUAAGAUGCAGAUGUUAUCAGGACACUAUAUUGAAUGCAUUUUUAAAAGAUUUAAAAUUGUAUUCAGAUUUGACUAGGUUGAGCCUAAUCACUUAUAUGUCUUAUUUAGUCGGAUAUCAAGCAAAAGAUGCUGAGACUCAUUGAAUUUGCAAGGCGUUUACUCCAGGGACCAUGUCUGGUAUCCCUGUGAGGUUUCUCUGUUACAUACUGUGACUUUCACUUGCACUGUGUUGCCCAACGCUGUAUAAAUUGCACGGCACAGAUCACAGGACAUACAGUGCAGAGAUCAAGGCAAUGAUGGCCUGCACUGGUGUGGAUCUGACCCGUCCCGUGGCAGAAUCAUGGAGCAUUUGUCUUAUCAACACUAUAAUGAUUCCCUAAAGCAUGUGCUGUCUUAUGUACUCUUGUCCUCUCUUAUAUUAAGGAUUUCAAGUGGCUUAGAAGUUGUUGCAAUUAACUAUUUCCGAUUGACCUCUAGUGCUUUACAUUUCCAGUUCUGUGGCUUAGCUCUUAUUUUAAAAGAGUAAAAGAAACAGGGAAGAAAUAAAACAUCGGUUUUCAUUUUAGUAGUGUGGUCAACUACCACCCAAUGCCAAACAUAAGGAAAUCUUUUUCUUUUUAAAAAAUCAGUAUUAGCAAGUAUCAUAAAGUAUUAUAAAAUAAUCUUUUUCAGGAUUGAUAGAGGAAUUAUGAAGGGAUUAAAAGUUGGGCUGGGCGAUAUGACAAAUUUCACACCAACCGUCAUAGUAGCCAAACAGAUUUAAAAUGUUUAAAGCAUAAAGAAUCAAUCAAGUUGUCCAGACAUAAUGAAGAUUCAUUUUCAUCUUCAUGCACAAAUAUAACCAGUACAUAGUAAUAAACAACUAUAUUUACCUACAUAUAUUUUAUGUCACGAGGAUGUAAGUGAUUUUUUUUUUUUAUUGAUUUAUGCAAAUUAUAGUUUGGGAUCUACUAAAGGGACAUGGGAUGGGAGGAAAAAUUAUAUUUCAAUUCGUAAUGCUUUUGUGUUCGCUUGGAAAAGCUAUUGCAUUCUCCUGAGAAACGUUUUUCUCGCAAAACGUUUGUGAUGGAUAUAAUAUGAGAUGGGAGGAAAAAACUAUAUUUCAGUGCUUUUGCAAGCAAACAUAAAGUUUCUUAGGGGAACACAGUGCUUUUUUGAGAGUGAACAUAACACAAAAGCAUUGAAAUGAAAAUCUCAUAUUUUUUUCCCCUCACAAAAGUUUUGCGAGCCAAUGCCAAGUUUAAUGACUCAUAAACUCUGUAUGUUGCUUAAUUUUAUACUGCCAGCAGAAUUAUUGUGAGUAUAUUGUGAAUAUUUGAUAUAUAUCGUCCAGCCCUACUUGUAAGUGAAUAUUAAAGCACUGAUUGGAAGGUAGAGGCUGUGGAUGGCAUUGAUUUAAGUGUUAUAUAGUGUUGAUGUGUUUACGGAAAUUACACUACAGUAGCAUUCCUAAGAUACUGACAGUAGUACUGCACAUAUGACCAAACACGGACGUCAGACACUGAGCACAUGAUGAUUUCUAGAGUUAGUGGAACUCAGAGAUGAUUAUUACUCUUAACCAGGCUGUUCAACACUGUAGUAUUUCCACAUCUGUACCAUCAGAGCAUGUUUAAAAUGUAAAGUACUGAUCAUGUGAUGGUUACAACUUUAAACUUUAUAUUUCUUUUUGUAUUAUUAUUCAGCCAGUCGCCAUUUCUUAAGGGGGGAUAUAAGGUAAUGUUUAAAGGACCAGAGAAAAAUAAAUAAAUGUUUAGGUGUUACUUUUUACAUACUGUAAAGCUAUAUCAGUGUAGCUUGAACACAGCGCUCUUGUGGUUGAUUUACUUUGGACACUUUUUUUUUUCAUUCAGUUCUUUUUGAACAUAUUUAGAUAUGUUGUCUUUAAAAAUGAAUAGUUUACACUGAUGAUGUAAUGGUUUUGGUGGAUUCAUGUGACACUCAGACUACCUUCAAAUGGCAAUAAUCAUAUAAGUCUUAUAUAUGUUACAUUUUUUUUUUUUUUUUCCAUUGACAGAAAUGCUAUUGCACCAAACUGUUAUUUGUUAGAAUUAUUUCUCAACAGUAUUAAAAUAAACAAAACGA